AUGGCUACUGUCUUCUCCUCCCUGAUUGGCCAUGUUGAUGAGAGCAUUGAGCAGCGUGCUUCGCUGCUUGCAGCUUUGAAAGCCAAGCUGGAUACGCCUGAUAGCCAACGGUCACCUAGCAAGCUUGUGAAUGAUGGAAAGCCAGUGCUGCUCAUGCUUGCGGAGGCUUCGGGAGAAGCUGAGACGCAAGAAGUGUCUGUGCCCGUCCCGCCAGUCAUUGAUAUUGAUGACGAGGACAUGAUUUGGAGUCGCACUGCUUUCCGGAUUUUUGAGGAUGCCAGAAACGGUGCAGGCAACGCCACCGCGAUGCAACUCAAUAGGAUGAAUUACCAACCAGGGGAUGUACUGUUCAUCAAUUACGGGGAACAGCCACCUGUCUAUAACACUCGAGUGAUCCUUUCAGUGGUCGACCAUAGCUCGCAAGAGUACAUCGUAUUGACGCCAGACCAUGACGUCUACUGCGAGAUGCUCAACUUGAGAAAUGAUGACAUCCAAAGCCUCCAUCCUGCUGGGCCAAACGGAUCCAUUCCUGCUGAUGUCCCCGGUCCUCAAGUGUAUGGAUUCCAACCCAUCACACCAGCUCAGUUGGCUGAGUUUAUGCAAGCUGGGCGUGAUGAAGCGGUAGCUGAGAGAAAUCGAAGAGGAAUCCAGCCUGGACCAGUUGCAGGCGGUGAACGUUUUUGGGUGCUUGCUGAACACGUCGAGGGAAGGUGCAUUGGAGAUAAAGUUAGUCCUCCUCCUGGCGCACCAGUUUUAGGAAGCUAUGGCCUCAUGGAAGUUACUGACUCCAAGCAGAAGACGCGUCCUUGCCUCAUCCGACAAUUGACUGCUGAGGAUUUAGGGUCAUGCUGUGAUGAGCGCCUCAUCCUUGCUCGGAGCAGCACUGCCAAAGAGGGGGAAGAGCUUUCGUCUUCAGACGACAUUCGGACCAUGGCCGUGCAUUGCACCGUACAUGGAGAACGCCGCAGGGGCUUCAAAGACGCCGUCGGCGAGAUGGUGUCCACGGAGAUGGAUGAUUUUCCGUUUGAGCCACGUACAUGUCUUGAGUACUUGAAAGCAAUCUCCACAGUUGCGGAGAGCUCGUACGGUCAGCACCUGGCCUGGGUCCAACAGGUGUCCAACCUGGCCAGCUUUGAACUUCUUGUCCGCAGGAAGCAGCUUCUGGCGGAAGCUCAUUCCCACAACCCAGCGGCUCCAUCAUAUGAAGGUGCUGACUACUGGAUGGGCAACAAGUACAAACAUGGUGGCGCCAUCGUCGUUCCAAGCCUCACGGAGCAUGUCAGUAAGAAGCUGCAGGCCGAUUCACAGAUCUUGAAAGAACGCGGAAAGUUGGAAGAGGCAAAAGGUCGUGGCCGAGGCCGUGGCAAUCCUCAAGGUGGCCCCCGUGACAAGAAGGCUACGGGGGCGGAGCAAGGUAAGGUGGUGCAUUGUGUCUCUAGGUCUGUCGCUCGUCGAAUUCAGCGUCGUGAUCGCCUCUGGAAACGGGUCAACAGGGCCAUCCUUUCCUUGAAUUCACUUUACUAUGGUCACGAUGGUCGGUAUGUUCGUGUUGCAGUUGAAGAUUUGAGUCAGCUGCCCCUUGUCCAGAAGGAGGCCAUACUCAGGAUCAGACAGCAGUUGAAGUGUCUGGGACCACCUCCUGACCAUGCAAGCUACCAGGGAGCCUUGUCUGCGCUCCGGGUUUCCAGCUCAGCUUACGUUGAGGCUGAAGCUGGCGUUGGGGAAGUGGUUAGCAUGAACUUUGCUGCACUGUCACUGCCUUCAGGGAAUGUGGCCGGUGUGGAUCUGGCAUGUUCACUUUCCGGCAGCAUUCCUGAUGUGGUGUUGAAUUAUGAGGAGCACAUGCUACAAGAUGCAGGCACAUGGAUGGACUUGGAAGAAAUAGCUGGUUUGGAAGACUUUUUCUGCCUGAAAGAUGACCUCACCUUUGCGGAAUGGGAUUUGGUUACAGGUGGGAACGGUGAUGGUGCCGACAACAUCUGUGCUGGGUUGCGCAGCGCUGGCUUCGAACUUCACGAGGAGUCAAGUGAGUGCAAGACCUUUGUGGGCAUAUGCUCUGAUGCUUCUCCUGAAGGUUUUGGCAUCUGCGAGCUGGAAUCAGACUUUGUCUCUGCUCGCGCUUUGGGCAAGUGGCAAGAGCGCUGGCGCUUCCGGAGAUUGGCGCCGGAGGAGUGGAAGCCUCGCCAACGUAGUUCAGGCUGGGAUCCUUUGGGGGAUGUCCGGACAGCAAAGGGCAGCUUGGCGGAGUUUGAUGAUUUGGACAACUACAUUGAGAAUGAAGUCUUCCCUGAGGUUCCCCUUGAAUUGAUGAUUCCUGAAAAGUGGAAGACAGUGUCAAUGGGCAAAUGGAAGCACGGCCAUGAGCAUAUCACUCUGAAAGAAGGUAGGUCUUUGGUGCUAGCUGUUCGUAGAAUGACAAGGGCGUCUCAGCAGCGAGGGCUCAAACAUGUCGUGCUGCGAGAUAACUUGUCACUUUGUUUUGCAGUUGGGAAGGGUGGGUGCCACAAUUUCCAGCUGCUUCGCGUUAUUCAGAAGUUGAGUGCUCUGUGCCUUUCCUCUGGCAUUCUCCUCCGUCCCCGCUGGGUUCGACCCGAGAUUAAUGUUGCGGACGGACCAUCGCGAGGGCAACUCAGUCCGGGUCCUUAUCAAAAAGAUUGGGGCCUUGGUGCGGGACACGUCAAGGACAGCGAGAACUCCCAAGGCAGUUCAAGUUGUCAAGAAGAGGAUGGGCGUGUUGCGAUCUCUAACGUCAAAGGCUUCAUGGCCUCAGUUUCAGGAGAAGAAGAAGGGAGGGUCGUCAAUCGUAUCCCCAAAGAGCUGGAGGAAGGUGUGGGAACCAGGGCAAGGCAGAAUCGCCUGACAGUCCUGGAGACCCGGAGCGUGAGUGCAGAGAUUCAGCACCAGUACCAGGGCUACUUCAGCAAGUUCGAGGACUUUUGCAAGCUGAACGGCGUUGGGUUCCCAAUCAGUCCAUUGGAUGCCGAUCCACUUUUGGCCGAUUUUCUCGACCUGCUGUACCUAGAUGGCAAGUCAGCAAGGGAAGGCGAGAAGACCGUAGCGGCCUUGGAGUUUCAUCAGAUCGCCUUGAAAGGGCAUCUCCCUCGUUCAAAGAGGGCACUCAGAGGCUGGCGAAAAGCCGUCCUGCCUUCCAGCAGAUUGCCAAUGCCCAGACCUGUUAUGUUCGGUCUAGCCAUGAACUUGCUCGCAGAGAACAAAACGGACAUGGCUCUAUUGGUGCUGGUGGCUUUUCACCUUUACUUGCGCCCGGGAGAAGGACUGGACCUGAGAAAGAAGAAUGUAGUUCCUCCCGUCCGUCAGGCAGGCAAACAGUUCCAGCACAUCACGGUGAUCAUUCGAGACCAGGAGGAUGGCCGCCCAGACAAAAUUGCUGUGUUCGACAACAGCCUGCCACUGGACGACAAGAGGGUAGACUACAUGGGAUCAGCCUUGCUAGACAAAGCCAAGUCAGUUCCACGUCCCACAGAUCGGAUCUUCAAUUUCUCCAUGGAAGACUUCCGGAAAGCCUUUGUAAAAGCAGGGGAGGACUUAGGGCUUGCCUCCCUCCAUCCAUACCAACUCCGGCAUGGCGGUGCCACGGAGGACCUUGCCUCCAAGCGCCGAGACUUUCAAGGUGUGAAGGCAAGAGGAAGGUGGAAAACGGAUCAGAGUGUGAGAAGGUAUGCGAAGAUCGGUCGCAUCCAGCAGUUGCUGGCUCAGAUGACUUCCAGCGACAAAAGCUUCUGCAAAUGGAGCGAAAUGAACAUGAGAAGGAUGAUGUCGGGCCAGUGGCCCCCAAGAAGUCCAAGUGAGCCAUGCUGCGAGGGAUCUUUCUGA